CCCGGCGGGAACGGCAGGUCCCGCCCUCUUGCGGGUUCCGGGUGGCGUUGAGGGUCAGGGUCGGACCCAAGUUGAGAUUGGGCCGCGACCGCGUGCCGGGCCCUGAUGACUGCCGCCCACCUCCAGGGACUGGAAGCCGACCCGCCAGGCCGGAGGGGCUGUUACUUGUCUUCCGCCUUUCCGGGUCGGGAGGGGGUGUGGACGAGAGCCUCCAGUUCCUGGAAACAGAUAUAUUUUUGCCAUCAUGGAUCAGUUUGGAGAUACAUUAGAAGGUGAAGUGGAUCAUUCUUUCUUUGACAGUGACUUUGAAGAAGCAAAGAAAUGUGAAAGUAACUCAGUUUAUGACAAGCAAAAUGACGACCCAAAAGAAAGAAUAGAUAAAGAUACAAAAAAUGUAAGCUUGAACACUGGAAUCCAAACAAAGGAAGAUUAUCUUACUGGGAAGGGAAAUGAAAGAAACGUGAAAUUUCCCCCAGAACACCCUGUAGAGAAUGAUGUUACACAAACUGUAAAUGCUUUCUCAUUGCCAACCACUUCAAAAUCACAAACAUUGUGUGGUGUUACAACAGGACUUAAAAUACACUUGUCCAUUCCAAAUAGUGUUCCUAAAAUCGUAAAAGAAGGUGAAGAUGAUUAUUAUACAGAUGGAGAGGAAAGCAGCGAUGAUGGGAAGAAAUACCAUGUGAAGUCCAAGUCUGCGAAACCACCUACUAAUGUCAAAAAAAGUGUAAGGAAAAAGUAUUGCAAAAUUCGUUCCUCUUCCUCCUCCUCUUUAUCUUCCUCACCUUCAAGUUCAGGUACAGAUUGUUUAGAUGCAGGUUCUGAUUGCCAUCUAUCUGAUUCAUCUCCAUCAUCCAAGAAACAUGUAUCUGAGGUAACCCUCCUAUCACCAAAACAGAAGUGUAAGUCAAGAAUAAAAUCGACAGAAACACGGGCUUUGAGGACUGCAGCAAAAUGUGGCCACUACCCUGAGGAGUCUGAAGAUACUGUGACCGACGUAACUCCCUUAUCAACUCCAGACAUCAGCCCUCUUCAGUCUUUUGAACUGGGCAUAGCAAAUGAUCAAAAAGUGAAAGUUAAAAAGCAAGAAAAUGUGAGCCAAGAAAUAUAUGAAGAUGUUGAGGAUUUGAAAAAUAAUUCAAAAUAUUUGAAGCCAGCCAAAAAAGGGAGAGAAAAACAUGAGCCUGAUCUCUCAAAGUCCUCUUCAGUGUCAGACUCCAGUUUAGACCACAGACACAAGCAGAAAGUCCUACAUGACACAAUGGAUCUGAAUCAUCUCUUGAAAGCUUUUCUGCAGUUAGAUAAAAAAGGACCACAAAAACAUCACUUUGAUCAGCCUCCAGUGGCACCUGGGAAAAACUACUCUUUCACAAGAGAAGAGGUAAGACAGAUCGAUCGGGAAAAUCAGAGGCUUUUGAAAGAACUGUCAAGACAGGCAGAAAAACCAGGAAGCAAAAGUACAAUUCCUAGAUCGGCUGAUCAUCCCCCAAAGUUAUAUCACAGCGCUCUCAACAGACAGAAGGAACAACAAAGGAUCGAGAGAGAAAACUUGGCUUUAUUAAAGAGGCUUGAGGCUGUGAAACCAACAGUUGGUAUGAAACGCUCAGAACAACUGAUGGACUAUCAUCGCAAUAUGGGUUACCUCAACUCAUCACCAUUGUCAAGACGAGCCAGAUCCACUCUUGGCCAAUAUAGCCCACUAAGAGGAGCUUCCAGGACCUCCAGUGCUACCAGUGGUCUCAGUUGUAGGAGUGAGCGAUCAGCUGUUGACACCUCCAGUGGCCACCCUCGAAGAAGACCUAAACCCCCCAAUGUCCGUACAGCUUGGUUAUAAAACCCUUUUUUUACUUUAAACAUUGUUCACACCACUUUUAUUGAAGUGCUUGUGCAUAUUACUGUAACUCUCUAUGUAAACAUGUAUAACACCGUUUUAGCAAUUUGAAGUGUACAACAGUGAGUUGUAAUUUAUUGUUAUUCAGUGCAAAAUUAUUGUCAAAAAACUGAUUUAAUGUGAAAAGUGUUUCUUGAGGAUAUAUUUAUAUGAAAUGUAUGUGCUCUUAAUAGAGAAAUAGUGGUAUGCAUGUGUAUCUCCUAAUUAUAUAAAUUGAUUAAGUUGUGUCAUGCUGACAAAACAGAAGUGAUAGCAUCAUUGCAUGUUGUACCCAAGAUGUUGACUAUAUAGUUUUCAAUUUGUGUUAUUUUCAUUUCUUUGUAAGUGUUAUACCAUGAGCUUAGCUCCUAAAUUUGGCUGGCUUUGUUUUUUAUUUGCCUGAGAACUUACGUGGUAUGACAUAGCUUGAUUUUAUGAGAUUUAAUGCUUAUGAAACAAAUCUUGAAAUUUGUUUUCAUUGGUAGAGCUGAUCUAGAUUUGAUGAGCGGAUUGUGAGACGCUUCUAUUGGACCAAUUCUUGGGAUUCACCAGAGGUGUCUAGUUAUUGUAUAAGUGCACUGAUUUAGAUCUUAAAAGUCUGAUCAACUAUUCCAAACCGUUUCAAAUGUGAACAUCAGAAAGUUCAACCUAGAAGCUCCUCUUUUGUGUUUUUAUACAUUCAGGUUAAAUCCUAUUAAUGAUUCUUAGAAAUGAGGUAGGUUUUAGCGCUACAGUCUUCUAGCUCGUGAAUCGUUUAAGGACCACAUCAGUUGCAUCAUAAGGAAAACCAAGUAUUUGUUGAAUCAGUAAAAUAGCACUAUCAGCAUCAGCAGCCAAGAAGCAGAUCCUGAGGUGUGUCAGACGAACAGUGUUUUAGGUAAUAUUGCUAGCAUGUGUGCUGUCAUUUGGUAUUUAUUAUGUUAUUAGAGAAGACUUAGAAAGCUAGUAUUUAUAAGGCCUGAAAAAGAAAACUAAAAUUUGAACAAAAAGGGAAAUAAAUCACACAUUUGUUGAGGCUGCUGCUUUAAAUAUUAGCUAAUUUUCUUGUUUUGGUUUAGUUUAUUUGAUUAAAUCCUGAAAGUAAUAUUUUUACCAGUCCCACACUUAAAGACCUAGUUAAUCUCGAUGGAAUUGGUAAUGGCAGAUAGGGUUUAAUAUAGUUGACUUUUCAAAUUAGAAUAUCUUUCUGCCAAACUUUGGGCUUUUAUGUAACGAAGUGUGAUAUCUCACUGUUACCAUAUUUUCCGCUAGUAGCCCUUUCAGUAUACCUUAAACUAUAUUGGAAAGGUUCCAUGUUAGAUGACAAAUCUCUUUUUUCAGUAUGAAUUUUUGAUCUGCAGCCACGGUAAGAUUUUUAUUUUUCAGUGCUCAGGCUCUGUAACAUGUAUGCUGAAUGCUUUUUACCUUAGUACCUUUAACAGUAAGGUGUGACUGCAUUUUACAAAACAUCAAUUCAAAAUGUCUUGGUUUUAGUUUGUAUUCUUAGAUUUUGUUUAGGAUAGGGCAUGUGAACAUGGGAGCAGGGAGG